AUGAGCGAUGAGCUGGAGGACUCUCAAAAAGAGAAGGCAAAACUAAUCUACCAACACUUCAUUCAUGCCUACCUAUCAAGAAAGGAUUUGCAAGAGCAGAAGACUGAGCUGAUAUUGGAUACAGACAGUGGAGCUUUGGAGGAUGAGGCCUUCCUAAGGGAGGUGUUGACGAGCUUGAUAGAGUCGCCUGAUGAUGAGGAGUUUGAACACUUUUUAAUUGCUUUUGCAAAAGCCAACAAGCAGAAAAACAUCACCCUCAUCAAAAAUCCAGGUGUACGAGACACAAUCUUGAACCUGACUUUGACGGCCCUUGCGCCUGAAUUUGAAGAAUUUGAGCCUGAAGACUUUAAGAUGUUGUUCCAGGACCAUUUGGCUCCUGUCUUGGCGAGCCUCCACCCUGGCAGCUUGGCGGUUAUCCCCAAUAACAUCAGCUGUCACUCCUACAGAGCUAUACUCACUGGUCUUGGGCAAAGUGUGGAAUCCCUGCCAUUGCACCUUUCGGACAGCCUGAGAUCAAGCAUAAAGUCACUGAAGGAAAGAUUCACACGUUGCUCACUUCCAGACUCCUUCAUGUGCAAGAAGACCCCGGUCAAUGAGAACCUCACCUGUGCUGCAGUCAAUAGAUCACACGCACCAGGCAACAGCAAGCCAUCCUUGUCACAUGCACUUGAGGCUCUCGGAGAGGUGAGAAUUGCCAACUUCAGCCAGACACAACUGCAGAGUGAUGACUUUGUCGGCAGCUGGUUCCAGACAAAUAUUCGUCCGUUUUUGGCCUCCACAACCCCCAACUUCCUGUUCUGCCUCAGCUCCAAGAACUUCAGCUGCGAGACCUACCAGACUGUCAUCAAGGCAUUCAGCAGUCAAAGGGCAUCCAUGGACAGAGAACAACAGCAAGCUGUCUACACGCAUUUCAUCCGACCAUUCCUUUCAAGAAAUGACUCAUCAGAUCCUGGCUGUGUCUCCUUCAACAGAGGCAGUAAAGAGUGGCUUCAGGGCAACUUUGGCAACUUCUCUGGUUUUGCAAAACUUCGGGAUCUGCAACAUCUCAAUGCCAACUUCUCCAGCGCCGAAUUGUUGCCACUGCUCACUCCCACUCAGGUGGCAGAGUUGACACUGAGCUCAGGGGCCUUGAAUGACACCGACCACAUUGACCGUGUGUUUGAGCGACUCCAGGAGGGCGAUGCUCUGGAAAAUGUGGAAGAAUUCCUGACACAGCUGACAGCUAAUGGAAAGGGCCCGGAUUUCCAACCUGUUGUGAGAGACCGUGUAAUGAAUCGGACCUUCAGCAUUAUCAGUCCCAAUUUCACACACUUUAUGGAAGAAGACUGGUUUGUUUGGUUCCAUAAGAUCCUGGUUCCUGUCCUCCCAAGUUUCAGUCCAAUGAUGAUCAAGAGUGCAACCGCAAACAUUUCCUGCAAAAACUUCCAAGUCGUUGUGAGUGGGAUGAGCAAUGCUGCCCCUGCAAUGUCCAAGGGACAACGAAAAGGCAUUGGAAAAGCCUUGCAAGGCUAUCUGGUCAAAUCGGCCAGUGUCAUCAACAAGCCAGUUUGCAGACACGGAAUUCAGAGUGAUGCGGAAUGGCUUGAAGCAUACUUGGGUGCAUUUUCCCAACACGUAACAUACUCUGACCUCAAAGCCUUCAACCUCUCUGCGAUGGCAGUUGUGGACUCCCUCUCACCAGAGCAGAAGACUGAGCUGAUAUUGGAUACAUGA